AUGGUCGACUUUGAAAGAAUUAAAAACCAAGACUUCGAUAUCCACUUCCAGAAGGACACGGACGAGAUCGAGGAGGACGGCACUUUGAUUAUCAACAGACAGAAUGCUGCCAACUCCAAGUACCCGGAGUUCUUGCCCACAUGGAACCCAGCGGAGAAGUACCCACCUCUUAAAUUUUUCAAACACGAAGACCCUGGUUUAAGAGCUGAUCCGGAAUUGCACAAUCUUUUCCCCUUGGACAAGGAGUUUAGAACCAAGAACAUCACUCCAAAAAUGGGCACCGAGGUGUUUGGCAUCCAAUUGUCCCAGCUUAGUGACGCUGCCAAAGACGACUUGGCUCUUUACGUUGCCAAAAGAAAAGUGGUUGUUUUCAGAGACCAGGACUGGGCUUCCAAGGGUCCCAAAUUUAUCACCGAUUUCGCCAAACACUAUGGUAGGUUGCACAUCCACCCCACCUCUGGAGCUCCAAAGGGCCAUCCAGAGUUGCACAUUACAUACAGAAGGGCCGACCCCAACGAGUUUGAAAAAGCCUUCCAGCACAAAAACAGCAACAUCGACUGGCACUCGGAUGUCUCCUAUGAGCUUCAGCCAUCUGGAACCACCUUCUUCGCAGUCUUGGAAGGUCCAGAAGCUGGAGGUGAUACCAUUUUCGCCAACACCGUAGAGGCCUACAACAGAUUAUCGCCAGAUUUCCAAAAAAGAUUAGAAGGCUUGCACGCCUUGCACUCGUCGCUCAACCAGGCACAAAACUCCGCUGGACACGGAGGUGUUCAGAGAAGAGACCCUGUGGAACAUGUGCACCCAUUGGUGAGAAUCCACCCGGUGACCAAGGAGAAGUUCCUUUUUGUCAACAAGCCUUUCACCAGGAGAAUCGUGGAAUUGAAGCAGGAGGAGUCGGACUUUUUGUUGGACUUUUUGUACCACCACAUUGAGCUGGCUCAUGAUUUGCAAUUGAGAGGCCGCUGGGAGCCUAAUACUGUUACUGUGUGGGACAAUAGAUGCACGGUCCAUUCUCCUGUGAUUGACUGGGAUGCUCCAGUUUCUAGACAUGCUGUUAGGGUCACUCCUCAGGCCGAGAGACCCGUGGCUGAUUUGGCUGAUUUGAACAAACCAGAGCCCAGUCUUGGUGAUGUCGAGGAAAGCCUUGACAAGAUCUGA